UUUUCUCGGAAACAAAAGUUUCAAAAUUUUGACAACUAUUAUCUGCUUUGGAUUACGAAAAUCAAGCCUCAAAAGGAAAAUAAAGAAAGAAAAUAGAUAUCCAGCUAUGAAUGUGUUUAGUCAACACUAAAACUACAGUGAUACGAAGAAACAGAAGAAACCGAACAAAUGGAAAACAACAAUAAAUAUAGGCAUUACAGACUGAGGCUCAUGCAAACCUCAUUACUCAUUCUCUCUUCUCUCUCGAACCAUUCUCAUUUCACUUUCUGUUUUCUCUCUUUCCAUGGCUUCUUCACAGAACCGUACACUCACAGCUCUCGUCAUUUUUCAAAACUUCUUGUAUCCAGUCAUGUAUAGGUCGGUACAUGUAUACCGAUCAGCGGAAGGAAAAGAAGAAAUGGAAGAAAGGGAGUAUUUGCUUCGUGAAACGAAUAACUUUGAGGAAGUUAGGUUUGAUCGAGUUAUCACAUUGUACAAAUUUGAUGUGUCUGCGCAGUUUGUAGGGAACCUAAAUGGUGUAUGGAAAUGCAUGUUUGUGUAUGACUCCAAUCGCGACCAAUCAACCAGUGUCGAUGCUAGUCCUGAGUGGCUUUCGAUUGCUGAAAAUCCUAAGAUAGAGUUUAUACCAGCAUUAGCCAAUGCUCUGCGUGCUAUAUCUGAGUUAGCACUAAAUGUCGAAGAGGAAAGUGGAGGUAACGAUAUUAAAAGCCAUCAGCCAGAAAAGCAAAGCCUUGUGCCUGUACUGGACCUUAACUCUCUGCCUUGUUCAGACUCGGAGAUUGAAGAAAAUGACCAAAAUGUGUCAGAGAACAAGAACCGGAAGGUGGCAAAAACCGACGACAUAGCAAGACUCUCUUUAGAAGAACUUGCCAAGUACUUUGACCUUCCAAUUGUUGAGGUUUCAAGAAGUUUGAAGGUUGGAGUUACAGUACUCAAAAAGAAAUACAGGGAGUUCGGUAUCCCUUGAUGGCCACGUUGGAAGAUCAAAUCUCUAGACAGUCUCAUACUUGAUCUCCAGGUCUCCUCUUCAGCUGGGAAAGAGAUGAAACAACAACCGGAGAAGACGAGUUAUCAGCCAUGGCAGUGGAAGAGAGAAAAAUAAUGAUAGAAUGUGAAAGAGAAAGCAUACAAAAGAAGCCCUUCAUGGACUUACAGGAAGAAACAAAAAAGCUUAGGCAAGUUGUUUUCAAGAGAAGAUAUAAAGCCAGAGUUCUUGACAACUGAUGUCGAAAGUUAUCGCUGUUAUAAAAUAUCAGACAUCAGCUAGUUAAAAGGAGCACCUGAGGAAAUGUAAUAUUGUUAAAAAGGAGGAAAACGUACUCAGCAAUCGAAAGCCACUCAGGACUAGCAUCGACACUGGUUGAUUGGUCACAAUUGGAGUCAUACACAAACAUGCAUUUCCAUACACCAUUUAGGUUCCCCACAAACUGCGCAGACACAUCAAAUUUGUACAAUGUGAUAACUCGAUCAAACCUAACUUCCUCAAGGUUACUCGUUUCAUGAAGCAAAUACUCCCUUUCUUCCAUUUCUUCUUUUCCUUCCGCUGAUCGAUAUACAUGUACCGACCUAUACAUCACUGGAUACAAAAAGUUCUGGAAAAUGACAAGAGCUGUGAGGUUACGGUUCUGUGAAGAAGUCAUGGAAGAAAGAACAGAAACAGAAAGUGAAAUGAGAAUGCUUUGAUGGAGAACAGAAAGCGUAUUGAGGAAGCUGCAGAAAGGCGAAAGAAGAGAGGCGCUUUGCAUGAUUCGUAAGAUAAUAAUUGGAGCAGCAUCAAGUGCUCUUCUAGGUGUGCAAUGUGAGAACAUGGGGCUCUCUCUAAAGCCAAUAUCGUACAGAUCGAAUCUCCUUUCUCUCUCUGUUAGUCACAGUUUCAUGUUUUCUGCAAUUCCAUUUUGUUUUCCUAAUCCUUUCCUUAUGUUGUAUGCUUGUUCCAUUCCAUAAACCGUAGGAACCUGUAGCAUUAGUUGAUUGUGUGACUUCUGUAUGAUUAUGAUGUCUCAGCCUAAUAAAGUAGGAAGUCUUAUAAAAAAUAUAGUAGGAAAUAGGAACCUUUUCAUUAGAUUGGAAGCAUGCCAAAAGCAGAGGAUUUACUUCUCUAUUAAGACAUACAUCUUUGAACAACUUGAACUGGGAGCAUAAUUGUUUGUUCUGUUCUUUUGGCUUUCCACAUAUGGACGAUUAUUGUUUGUUCUGUUCUUAGGCCAAAGUAGUUUAGUGUUUUUCAUAUGUUACUUCUGAUUUCCAUGGUAUCAAUGUAGUUACUGUAUGACUCCUGCUAUUGCAAAGGAGUUCUGACACAUUAUUACAUCUUUUAUUUUUUGUGUUGAUUAGUACAUCUGUCCCAUGGUCUAUACAUGGAUCUUAUAAUUGUGGUGUAAGUGAUCCCAAAAAAUAAAAUAAAAUUGUGGUGUAAGUUAAAAGCUUAUUAGAGUUCUCUCACAUACAAAUCCAUAGAUUAUCUUAUAAUUUGUGUUCCUUUAAUAUUGUAAUGGUCUAUGAAUCAUUGCUUUCAACAAAUGUGAAUGGUUUAUGAAUUUUAACUGUCUACGGUUGUGUAUCCAGAAAUGGAAUGGCUUAUGAAUAUUAACUGUUUACAGUUGUAUGCCCAGAAUUUGGUACGUCACUCGGAGUAAAUUUUUAUUUUUAUUUUUACUAUACAUUAGAUUCUACUCCCUUUUUCACAAUUUGUGUGACACUGUUUCCUUUUUUAGUCAGUCCAAAAAUAAUGACACAUUUCUAUAUUUAGUAACAAUUUAACUUUAAAAUUUCAAUUUUACCCUUAAUAAGAUGAUUGAUAGCAACACAAAUAUCUAUGGCUUCUUUUAGACCACCAGUUUCUAAAGUCUUGCUUUAUUUCUUAGGACAUGGUUAUAAGAAAAAAAACAGAGGUUGAUACUUGCUAUUUCUAAAAAGUCUUGCUUUAUUUCUUAUACUCCGUUUCCUGUCAAACACCUUCACAUAAAUUGGGACGAAGCGAGUAGCUAUUAUUCAUCUGACUUAGUAAUGAAUUUUUUUUAUUUUAAAAAAGGAUUAUUCUAUAUGCAAUAGCAAUGGCAGAUUAUGAUCAAGAGAAUGGAGAUGCUUACAGUACUGUUCUUAAGAAAAAAGAUGGUAUUGAUCGAUUGGCCCUUUAUCACUCAUCCGUUGGCAGGUUACUCUCGCCCUUCCUUUGUACUUAAAACAGUCAUGGAGAAAUCAUGAAAGUACCUCUUCUAUUUUUUAUUUUAUUUUAAAAAUACAGAAAACAAUAUUAUACUAAUCCUGAAUGUAACUCGUCCAUUUGUACAUAAAAUGGUUGUGUACUAAUAUAAAAGUACCUCCUCCAUAUACUUGCUGUUUAGCUUCCCCUUUGUCCACAACUGAAUUUCAUUCUCCUAAUUACCGAAAUUUUGAAAAUAAUAUUAUUAGGAUAAUCUAUUUUUAUAGUCCAUUUGCAUCUCUGGUAUAUGGAAAUAAUAAGUUCAAUAGAAGCAUGCUUAGGUUAUACUUGCAUGUGUGGAUGAAACAGGUCUAACCUUGGAAGACUCAUCAUUUGUGUUUUCAUGUCUGUCAACUUUUUCCCCGAGCAUUUAUGCUAAGUCAAAACCUUGAUUUUGUAGUGGUCCGAUGGUUAAG